AUGGGCGGGGUGUUGAGCGCGCUGUUCGGCGGCCACCGGCGGAGAGCGGCCGAGGCGAGGAGGAUGACGAUGUCGAGGAGCGGUGAGCCGUCGGGACACGGCCGUGGAGGCGGCGGAGGCGGCGAGCAGCGGCGGAGGGGGAUGCUGUCCAAGAAGUACUCGUACAUACCGGACACCUUCACCUCUCUCGACCAGGUGGCUUCGGCGCUGCGCGAUCAGGGCCUCGAGUCGUCCAACCUCAUCCUCGGGGUGGACUUCACCAAGAGCAACGAAUGGACAGGGAAGCGGUCGUUCAACGGACAGAGCCUGCACAAGCUGGGCGACGCGCCCAACCCUUACGAGGCGGCCAUCAGCAUCAUCGGCAAGACGCUCGCUCCCUUCGACGAGGACAACCUCAUCCCCUGCUUCGGCUUCGGCGACGCGACCACGCACGACUACAACGUCUUCAGCUUCCACCCGGACAACUCGCCGUGCCACGGCUUCGAGGAGGUGCUGGCCUGCUACCGGAACGUCGUGCCGCACCUCAGGCUAUCAGGGCCGACGUCCUUCGCGCCGAUCGUGGAGGCCGCCGUCGACAUCGUGGACAGGACCGGAGGCCAGUACCAUGUCCUCGUCAUCGUCGCCGACGGCCAGGUCACUAGGAGUGUGGAUACCAGUGAUGGCGAUCUGAGCCCGCAGGAGAGAAGAACCGUGGACUCCAUUGUCAUGGCCAGUUCGUAUCCCUUGUCCAUCGUGCUGGUCGGGGUCGGGGAUGGCCCAUGGGAGGACAUGCAGAAGUUCGACGACAAGCUCCCCGCGCGCGCCUUCGACAACUUCCAGUUUGUGAACUUCACGUCCAUCAUGUCGAGGAACGCGACGCUGCAGCAGAAGGAGUCGGCGUUCGCGCUGGCGGCGCUCAUGGAGGUGCCCAUCCAGUACAAGGCCACCAUGGAGCUCGGCAUCCUAGGCCGGUCCACGGGGAAGGCCAAGAGGGUCGUCCCGGCCCCGCCUCCGCUGCCGGGGUCUGCGCAGAGGCAGCCGUCGUCGUUCAGGCGGGAGGCUAGCGGCGCGAACGCCGCGGCGGCGGAGCCAAGAGAGGAUCAGGUGUGCCCAAUCUGCUUGACCAAUGCCAAGGAUCUAGCAUUUGGCUGCGGCCACAUGGGAGUGUGGGGAGAACCUCGACAGAUGCCCGAUAUGCCGAGAGACAAUACGCUCCAAGCUGAGGCUGUACACGGGAUGAUUGAUUCAAACCAAAAUAUGUCAUUAUAUUUGUUUCAAAUGUGA